UUUCAGACAUUUCAUGGAAAAUGAAAGUUAUUUAUCCUCCUGCAAGGGACUCUCUACAGAAGAGUCGCUGAAUCGCUUGGUGAAACUUGGUAGAACAGCGGUUGCAGAAUGGAGCAGUGCUGAAACUUCUCGCAAGUACUCAUGCUCACCUUUUCGAAUUUUAUGCCGUAAUAUACUAAUCAUCGCGAUGAUUUCUGCGAUGUUUCUGGUACUGGGAGCUGUGACGAUCGAAAAUCGACUGUCGAUACCUCUUUUAGGACUAUCCAUACUGCACAUUAGUUUUCUUUGCCUUGCGCAUUACUGGCAAUGGAAGCAGCUUACAAAGUCUUCAGAAAUGAAGAAGCAGAAAGUUCUGCAGGCUUUGGAUUAUGCUGAAAAGAUGUCUACAGUUCCGCUUUCUUAUGCCCCAGUAGGGGAGCCAUUGUCAGAUGACAUGUUCACCCAAACGGCUGUUCGUGACCGCAGGGUUGUUUCUGUGCCAAAACUCCUAUUAGUAGAAGGUGACACUCUUCUGUUGAGACCGUCGCAGGCCGCUCCAUGUGAUUGUCGAUUCCAAGAUGGUCGACUCAUGAAAAAAGGCGAACGAUACUUGAGUAAAGUAGUAUUGGACGAGAGCACUGGCACAGCUACGCCGAUUACAGCAGUUCGCGUUGUUGCUGCUUCAACUCCACUGAUUGACCACAUAAAAACCAUUGAAGUAGCUGAGGAAAAACCGUCUCCGCUAGAGCAUCAGAUACAUUACUGUCUUCAUGUGAUAGGCGAACGCGUAUUGCUACCCGCCCUGAUAUUCUUGAGUAUUCUCGCUUGUGUCGGUCGUUUUAUCCACGAUGGGGACCAGUCUUUAUUUUCUACGAGAUUUAUUUUUGCUAUACCGUCGCUGAUCUUGUUACCUCUACUGACUCCCACUUAUUUCUUCAUUCUAAUCUUCAUUCGUGGAUGGAACAACGCGCUAGUGGUCAGGGAAUUGCACACUUCAAAUGGAAACUCAACAAAGGACUUUGCGGCACUUCUUGGUAGUCUGACUGGGACAUCCUUUUUCGACAAGAAAGGCCUUCUGUCGCCCAUGAACCCUUGCUUGGAUAAAGUAAUCUUCUUUCGACCAAACACUGACGAAAGCGGCCUAGAUAAGAGCGACGUGGGCAUGGAAAUCCUGGAUCUGAGCUCCGAACUGCAUCAAGAUGGCUCUUGUUGCGUAGACUUUGAUGAUCCGAACUGGUUCCGAUUCGACAACAACUUGAGAGUUAUCGGACAGUGCCUUCUAAUGAAUCGUUGUGACAAUUCGUUUACUCCGUUCCUCGACCACCUUUCCGCCGUCGCAACCACGGUUCCUAGAACAAUCGCUACUGCUUGUAGACGUUGCUGCUGUGCAUUUCCUCAGCUUAUCGGGUUCAAGCCGAGCUGUCUAGAACGGUGGCAAAAUCCGCAACCACUAUGUUUUUAUCAGAGAAGACCUGGCGAAGCACCACUUCCAGGUCUUACCAAACAUCAGACUCCGCUCGAAAUGGCGUAUUGUGCAAUACAUGAGGAUGAUCGCUCUUUAUACUACCACAUGUCUUGUCAAGGAACUGCUAAUCUGAUUUUAGACGCUUGCACACAUGUUUGGAAUGGGGAGUCUCUUGUGCCAAUCACGGAUCGCGUUUGCAAAACUGCAACAGACUUCUACCAGCGGCACUCAGUCACUGGUUAUUGCCUAGCAUUGUCAUAUCGUCCUGUGCAUCAGCCGUUAAGCGAGCAAUUUUUGAACUCCUACUUUGAAGUGCCCUUGCUGCACGAUCGUCCCAGGACUAAGACUGCUGCUCGGGCACAUAGCGUAGAUAUUGUCGAAGGAGACACAUUCUUUCAAUCUCCAACUCCAAAAAACGCAGACGAAGUGAUCCAGAAUUACUUCACUGGUCAUAUUCUAUGUGGAAUGAUAGUUUCGCAGUAUGAGGUCAUGCCUCAAGCAGUACAGUUGGUCGAUCAGUUGGAAAAUCUUUGCGUUCGAUUUGUGUAUUUUUCACGUGAGAAUGAGCUCAGAAGUCGCGUAUUUGCGGAAAAAUUAGGUUUGGAGGCAGGAUGGAACUGUCACGUCUCCCUGGCUGAAGUUUGUGAAGAUGGAAGAACGCUGAAAGAUUUUUUCUUGUCUAAGGUUUACCGUGAAAGUGGAAAGAGCGAGAAAAAGUCAUUCAAAAAAUCGAGAUCAGAGCAACACUUACAUUUGAAAUGUAUUUCUUCCUAUGACCAGGAAUCACCGCUGAUCAAAAGACAGCCAAGCCAGGCGCCCUCCAAAGUAAUCGUGCUCCCAAAUAAGGCUCAGCUUCCAACGGGGAUAGCUGCUGUGCGACCUCAUCUGGAGCAGGUUGAUAAUGUGCCUUUACUGGUCAAUCUCAUCACUGAUUGUAUACCGCAGGCAAAUCUUGAAAUGUUAAAAAUUAUGCAGGAUUACGGAGAAAUGGUGCUGGCCAUUGGGUCUUCAUUGUCGGUUGCAAACACAGAUAUUUUUUUGCAGGCAGAUGUAUCAAUGAGUAUCCUACCGGUGGGUGAUUGGAGUUGUUGCGCAAAUCCAGCACAGGAAUGGCAGCAAAUGAAGGAGAUCGUUGACCGUCUUAUGAGCACCGCCAGUGACUUUGGGCUGACUUAUGACAGGGUACUCGCCAUACCUCGUCUCAUCGUCGCUUGUCGACAUCGCUUGGCAUCAGUUCGUGGAUCCUUGGCAUUUCAUCUCUUCAGCUCCUGUAUGGUUUCCUUGUCGCUUUUGCUCAGUGCCAUUGCUUUCCUGCCAUUGCUUUUUGAUUAUGACCAAACUUUCCUCACUGUCUUCAUACAUCUGCCGUGCCUCACUCUAGGAUCCGUGUUUACUCCCUUUCAUCCCAAGACAAACGUCAUCCGAAUCUCGUCCAAGAAUGUUGUAGCGGUAUAUCGACAAAACUUUUCUUGGGCAGUUGUUACCUUUUUUCUCGGGUUUCUGCCUACCUCUCUAUUUCUUGUCAUAGUUUUCUUUUUCUUGUUAGUUGGAAAUUCUACAGUAUCGUGCGCCUUCGUUGAUGUGGUCUGUUCGGUUGCUACCGAGCAUUUGUCUGAAGCGCCCUUAUCGACAACUUCCAUACGACACAUUGUUGGUUUAUACCAAGCAAUCUCUUUGUGUGCGCUUUCUUCUGCAUGGGUAUAUCCUCUCAGUUCAUUUUGGAAUGACAAUCCAUUGUUAUGCAUACCUUGGAUAUCAUCUUGUAUUAUUUGUACCUCAACGCAGAUACUUUUUUCGUACUGCUCCGGAGUGCCUCUACACCAAGUCCUCUCAUUUAUCUCCCUCUCAGGAAUUGUAAUAUGGACAGUUGUCAUCCUAAUAGUCAACGAAGUGAUCAAAUUACGCUCAAUUCGCAGUUUUACUCGUGAACAGCGUCGAACAAAGUUGGGAUUCGAUACGAAGCUAGGGAUGAACUCACCUUACUAGUCACUGUUUUUGGAGUAACUUGUUUUAUCUUGAUAUUUUUAUAUGUAAUUAAGAUCCAGGAUCUCACAGCUCUGCCUUGCAGAGGUACUCAGACAUUCGCAGUUGUCUCGUGCAUGUCAAAAGGGUGUAAUCUCCUGGAAUUUCUGCGCGAC